AUUUAUACUAAUAUUUUUCAUUAUCUUGUAUGAACUUUGUGUAAGGCAUUGGUUAUCUCAAAAUGAUCAAUAUUUCUGUGUGGAGUCUUUGGAAUCUAUGGAGACAAUUGUUCUCAUCUGACAAACCAAGACAGAAAAAGAAUGAUGAGAAGCUUAUGAUUCUAAAACUCUCCAUUCUUGAAACACCAUUGUUAAGAACUCAAAAAGAAUUAAUAAUCCAUCACAAUCCCAACUCAUAGCUAGAUAGACACUGAUGAUGCAGAGCAGGAGAGACAUUGUCACCACCAUCAUCUUCAUUGCAACUUGCUCUAUCUUCAUGAUCACUGUCUGCAAUGGAGGUGAGUUAUCAGAAUCUGAAUCUGAAUCUGAAUCCAAAUCUUUCUUCAAUUUCAGUCAAUCUAUUGAUCCCAAAAAUGUUCUAAGGAUUGAUUGGAAUGGGUUUGUCCCACAUCCCUGCUCACAUCAGGGUGUGAAAUGCAAUUUCCAUGGCACAACCAUAAGAGCAAUAAGGCUUGAAAACUUGAAUCUUAGUGGGAAAAUUGACACAGACUCACUUUGCAAGCUCCCAAACUUGCAAGUUCUUAGCUUGGCCCAAAACCACAUCCAAGGAAACCUACCCGAAUCGAUAUCGAACUGCACAACCUUGAAAUACUUGAAUCUAAGCAACAAUCUAUUGAAUGGGAGUGUACCCAUUGGUUUAAGCAAGCUAAAGAGCCUUAGGCGGUUCGACAUCUCUAACAAUCAUUUUAUCGAACAUUUGAACUACAAUGCUAGCCCCACGCUCUCGCUAAGGUUUUUGAAUGCAUUUCCUCCACAGUAUGCUGAUCAGGAAGCUUAUCCUCCAGUGAAUAUUGUGAGUAGCACAAUUGAUUCAAAAAAUCAAAGUGCAUUCGUAAAUUGGAUAACUUGGAUACCAUUAGUACUUUGCAUUGGGUUUUAUUUCUUGUUCAUAUUUUUUGUGAACAUGAAAGCUAUCAAAUUGGCAAAAGAGAAGGAAAUUUUGAGGUCUUUAGCACAAUCCCCAGCCAAAACUUCUCCUCCUCCUCCUCCGGCCAAUGAUGUUGAGGAAGUGAAGCCCGAUGAGAGGCAGUCAGAGCUCGUGUUCUUUGUUGGAGAGGAAGAGAGGUUCAAAAUGGAAGAUUUGCUUGAGGCUGAGGCGGAUUUGCAGAGUCAAGGGCUUUGUAGCAGUCUUUACAAGGUGAAGCUUAAGAACAAUGCUGUGUUUGCUGUCAAGAGACUCAAAAAAUUGCAGGUUUCUUUUGAGGAUUUUGGCGAAACGAUGAGUAGGAUAGGGAAUUUGGGGCAUCCCAACAUUCUUCCUCUUGUGGGUUACAAUUCUACUAAUGAGGAAAAGCUUUUGAUUUACAGAUAUCAGAGCAAUGGAAGUCUACUGAACCUGCAAGAUAACUAUGCUGAAGGCAAGAGGGAUUUCCCAUGGAAACUUCGGAUUUCCAUUGCAGUUGGAAUCGCAAAGGGCUUGAAUUUCAUAUAUCACAGAUCCAAUGAUGAGGAAAUCAUCCCUCAUGGGAACAUCAAGCCUUCAAAUAUUCUCUUGAAUGAAAAUGAAGAACCACUCAUAAGCGAAUACGGAUUCUCCAAAUUUCUAGACCCCAUGAGAGCUUCCCUUUUCAAUUCCAACGGUUACACAGCUCCAGAGAAAAGCCCAUCAGAACAAGCCGAUGUGUUCAGCUUUGGUGUGAUUCUCCUGGAGUUUCUCACUGGAAAGACGGUGGAAAAAAGUGGGUUAGACCUUCCUAGAUGGGUGAAGUCCAUGGUGAGGGAGGAGUGGACUGGGGAGGUGUUUGACAAGGAGCUUACAAAUGUUGGAAUGUAUGCUUUUCCAUUGCUAAAUGUUUCCCUCAAGUGUGUGGCGCAUUUCCCAGAGAACCGGCCUAGCAUUGCUGAGGUUGUGGAGAAGAUAGAGGAGGUUGUGCAUGCACAAGAAGACGUUUCUCCGUCACCCAUUUCUUCGGUGGCAUCCAGCCAACAAGAAUGAUAUUUGCAUACGAUACCUCAUUGAAUCAAACCAAUGAAGACAGUGGUGCUCUUGGGUAUGGCGUAUAUGGACUCCUCUGUCUCAAUUCUCUGUCUCAUUCUCCACGUGUUGCCACUUUGAUACUACUUAAAAAAAAUUAUCACGCUGCCACUUAAUGGCUCGUGUAAAAAACAUGGAAAUCUUUGAGCAACUCUAUAAGUGGUGGCGACAAGGGACAACAAAUGGAGAAUGUUACAGAGAAUUGGGACAAAGGAUCCGGAGUUGUGCUCUUGUGUACUGCUGAAGUACUUUUUUCUUGUGAUUUGGAGGAGUUUGAACUUUUUGUCCAUUGAGUAGGAAUAGCAUAUAUGCCAAAAUUGAAUAAACCACUUGUUUUAGCAUUUUUUUGACCACAGUAUGAUUGUUUGUUUUCUCCUUUUAAGCUCAAAUAUGUGCAGAGAUGCAUAUAAGAGUACUGACAUAUAAAUAGAAUGAUGUCAUUUUGUAAUUCCUUUAUUUAAAAACAUAUUACCUAAUAAUUUACAAGUAUGUCGCUGCUAUAUCAUUCUAGAAGCAAAUUCUGUAUAAA